AUCUACUGUAAAACUUUUAGCUCGCCGUCCUGCCCGUCAAAACCCUAGCCCCUCACUCUCCGGCGCGGUUCCAGCCGACCACCGCGUCGCCCCUCCGCUCCACCUCCCAAAAAUUCCGACCUUCACCGCGCACUUCAACACUCAACCCCUCAUCCGCCUCCCACGCGCGCCGCCGCCGCCACCGCCGUUCCCGUCCCCGGUCCUUCCUCACCGCGCCGCCGCAAUCGUUGGCCAUUGGUUUUCGAGAACUGGGUGAACGUUUGCGAGAUUAUUGGUCCCUCCUCAGUCUUCACAGGUCAGGAUAACACCCAUCAGCCACCAUGCAGGCUAGCGACAGGUUCAACAUAAAUUCUCAACUUGAGCAUCUUCAAGCCAAAUAUGUUGGAACAGGGCAUGCUGACCUGACCAGAUUUGAAUGGGCUGUAAAUAUCCAAAGAGACAGCUAUGCAUCCUAUGUUGGACACUAUCCAAUGUUGUCAUAUUUUGCCAUUGCUGAGAAUGAAUCAAUUGGAAGGGAGCGCUACGAAUUUAUGCAGAAAAUGCUGCUUCCCUGUGGCCUCCCUCCUGAGAGAGACGAAGACUGAGAAAGUGUUGGUGCUGUAGUUGGUACCACGGCAGAAGCUUGUGUUUUAGCCACCUCAGCGCUGUGUGUGAUUCUGUUUGAACAUCCUGGACAUCUUUGGCGACGUGUUUCUACUUGUCCUCCACUCAAAUGUUAAGCAGUUGCUCCGUUCAGUUUAGCUAUAUUAAUCUGGUGCUAUCCAGUUGAAUUUAAUUUGUGGAUGGCCACAGCUAUCUUAUAACCUCAUAAAGGAGGUAAUGUAACAUGAUGCUGUAUCUGCGUCCUAUGUGUGGACAAUGUAGUCGAAUUGCAGCAGCUCAUGGCAGAAA